CGGCCCGACGUCGCCCGUGACGCACCGCGCGGGGAGGGUGCGCGCGCCUUCAGCGGCCUCUUUGUGUGGUGCCCUGAUCGGGGAGCGGAGGUGGCGGCCGCGGCUGCCCUGGUGGGGUUCCAGCGUCCUCGGCUCGCCCUCGGGCCGGCAGCGCGCCGCUUCCCUCCCCCUCCCGCGCCUUCCCCAGCGGCAGCGGCGGCGGCGGCGGCAGCAGCGGCGGCGGCGGCGGUGGUAGCGGCGGCCGGGCCCGGGCUCGGACGAGGCCUCGGCGACCGCUAACGGCGGCGGCGGCGACGGCGACGCCGCGGAGCGCGCAGGGCGGGGGCAGGGCCCGGGCUGCCGGCAUGGAGAACUCUCAGCUGUGCAAGCUGUUCAUCGGCGGCCUGAACGUGCAGACGAGCGAGUCGGGGCUGCGCGGCCACUUCGAGGCCUUCGGGACGCUGACGGACUGCGUGGUGGUGGUGAACCCCCAGACGAAGCGCUCCCGCUGCUUCGGCUUCGUGACCUACUCGAACGUGGAGGAGGCGGACGCCGCCAUGGCCGCGUCGCCGCACGCGGUGGACGGCAACACGGUGGAGCUGAAGCGCGCGGUGUCGCGCGAGGACUCGGCGCGGCCCGGCGCGCACGCCAAGGUGAAGAAGCUGUUCGUGGGCGGCCUCAAGGGCGACGUGGCGGAGGGCGACCUGAUCGAGCACUUCUCGCAGUUCGGCGCGGUGGAGAAGGCGGAGAUCAUCGCCGACAAGCAGUCGGGCAAGAAGCGCGGCUUCGGCUUCGUGUACUUCCAGAGCCACGACGCGGCCGACAAGGCGGCGGUGGUCAAGUUCCACCCGAUCCAGGGCCACCGCGUGGAGGUGAAGAAGGCGGUGCCCAAGGAGGAUAUCCACGCGGGCGGCGGGGGCGCGCGGGCGGCGCGGGGCGGGCGCGGCGGCGGCCGGGGCCGCGGCGGCGGCGGAGGCGGCGGCCGAGACCAGAACGGGCUGGCCAAGGGCGGCGGCGGCUACAACAGCUACGGCGGCUACGGGGGCUACGGCGGCUACGGGGGCGGCGGCGGCGGCUCGUACGGCGGCAGCGACUACGGCAACGGCUUCGGCGGCUUCGGCAGCUACAGCCAGCACCAGUCCUCGUACGGGCCGAUGAAGGGCGGCGGCGGCGGCGGCAGCUGGGGCGGCCGCAGCAACAGUGGACCGUACAGGGGCGGCUACGGCGGCGGCGGCGGCUACGGGGGAGGCUCGUUCUAGACGCCGAGUCGCGGAUGCCGGGCGGCGGCGCUGCUCCCCUCCCCUCCGCGCCCGCCCGCCCUCCUCCCCCCCAGGUGCCCUCGGGGGAGCCGCUCACCCUGGGGGGCAAAAAACCCCCCGCCUGCCUGCCUGUCUCC